AGAGGUGAAUCGUUGCCCGCUUUAAAGUUCUGGCACUUUGACCUUCAAAAAAGCGCCAAAACCUUACUUGCUUUAUCAUACUUGUUUAAACUUCUUUGGUGAAAUUGUUCGGGAGAGUUGACUACUAAUUUACAAAGAAUUUCGUCGUUUUCAAGCAACAUGAAGACUGGAGCAUCAGCGCUCAUUUUUUGCAUCUUGAGUCUGACCAGAGUGUUUGCCGAAGACCAAACGACUCAACUGAAGAAAACCGUCGCGAAAAGAGACGAAGUCUAUUACAACAAUGUUGGAUCGGUGAAAAAUUCCUACAGUAUUGAGGGAGAGGACAGGACUUCCAGGUCGGCUGAAAAUGAAGAACAUCAAAACAACAAUGCUGAGAACAAGGGCGAAUACUUAUACUACGGUUCAGUUUACCCGAGGGACUUUGAAGGAAGAGAAUACGAAUUGAACUAUCCUAGUUAUGAAGAAUGGUAUGGCCCCUAUGAGCCGCCUGAGGAAUACUAUCAGAACGGAGAGGAAGAUUACAAACGUUCACUUUACUCUUUCGGCCCUCGUGGGGGUAGGAAUGCGUACUACGGUCCCCGAGGGGGUAGAAGUGCAUACUAUGGUCCACGAGGAGGGAGAAGUGUCUACUACGGACCCCGAGGAGGAAGAUCUUUGGAAAAAGAAGCUGGGCCUCGUGGAGGGAGAUCGGUUGAGAACGACGAUGGACCCCGCGGGGGUAGAUCCGUAGAGAACGACAGCGGACCUCGUGGAGGUAGAUCAGUGGAAAAUGACGUUGGGCCCCGUGGAGGAAGAUCUGUGGAAAGUAACUUUGGACCCCGUGGGGGUAGAUCAGUAGAAGACAACAUUGGACUCUCAGGGAGAAGGAGUGUAGAAGAUUCCUCUUCUUCCUCAAAUACAAAUAUUGGGCCCCGGGGAGGAAGGAGUACAGAUGCCAGCGGACCAAGGGGUGGAAGAAGUGUCGAAAAAUCAAAUCAGAAUUCAGAUGCAUCGUCCACUGCAAAAACCGGACCUCGAGGAGGUAGAGACACCGAGUCAGGACCACGAGGUGGACGAGCAGUUUCGGACACAAAAGGCAAAGCAGAUGAGGCUAACGGACCCCGCGGAGGAAGAGAUGCCCAGUCUGAAGCCAAUGGCCCAAGGGGUGGUAGAGAUGUGGGAGAGAAAGGCCCCAGGGAGGAAAGAGUCAGGUCAGUUGAAAAUGAUAGCCUGAGGGGAGGUAAAUCAGUAGAAUCUGGCCCACGGGGUGGCAGAGCCGUUGAAAGUGGCCCCAGAGGAGGGAGAGCUAUUGAAUAUGGUCCCCGGGGGGGACGAUCUGUAUUUUAUGGCCCUCGGGGAGGUAGAGAAAUAGAAUAUGGGCCAAGGGGUGGGAGAUCAGUUGAUUAUGGACCAAGAGGUGGUAGGGCGAUCGAUUACGGACCCAGGGGUGGAAGAGCUAUUAAAUAUGGACCUCGAGGUGGUAGAGCGAUAGACUACGGUCCAAGGGGUGGAAGAGCAGUCGGUUAUGGACCCAGGGGCGGUAGAGCAAUCGAUUAUGGACCAAGAGGUGGUAGAGCUAUUGAAUAUGGACCUCGGGGUGGUAGAGAAAUCUUCUACGGACCCAGAGGAGGAAGGGAUCAAGAUUAUGGACCUCGUGGCGGAAGAGAAAUUUCUUACGGACCUAGAGGUGGACGAGCCAUAGAUUUUGGUCCCCGGGGAGGUAGGGCUGUGGAAUAUGGGCCCAGGGGAGGAAGGGCUGUAGAAUAUGGUCCCCGUGGUGGUCGUUGGAUAGAUUUUGGUCCACGUGGAGGUCGUUCACUUUUAUACGAUGUCGUUUUUGGUCCAAGAGGGGGUAGAUCCUUAGCGUUCGGACCUCGGGGUGGUAGAUCUGUAGAAUUCGAGGGUCCACGUGGCGGAAGAGACAUCGACUUUGAAAAUGGUCCCCGUGGAGGUAGAGACCUGGAGUAUGUAGACGUCUAUGGGCCUAGAGGUGGAAGAGCCGUCGGAGGAAUGGACUUCGGCCCCAGGGGAGGUCGUGACCUAGAAUAUUCAGAAGAGGAAGGAUUCUAUGAAUUUGGUCCACGAGGUGGACGGGCCGUUUAUUUUGAGGCGGAGCCACGAGGGGUUAGGGGUGUGGAAUUCCAGACAGGACCCCGUGGAGGGCGAGAAGUGGAAUAUGGGCCCAGAGGUGGACGGUACAUUUACAGUGGGCCACGUGGCGGAAGGGACAUCUCUGGACCUCGUGGAGGACGUAGUGCCACUACAGCAGAGAGUUCGAACGGUCCACGGGGAGGACGAGACCUUGAAAAUGGGCCUCGCGGAGGUAGAAGUGCGGUGGCCGGCCCCCGCGGUGGAAGAGCCAUCUUAUCAGAAGGAUCCAUGUGGGCCGCUAGUUCUGGGCCACGGGGAGGAAGAAGCCUUGACAAAAACACUGCUGACGCAUCUGGACCUCGUGGAGGGCGUAGCACUGCUGAGAGCAGCAAAACUGUAAAGCGAGAGACAACUGCUGCAGCGGGAAAAGAGCAAACAGCCGUUAAAGAGAGGCAGGAAAGGGACUCUAAGGAAGUAGACGUUGACAUAGAGAAGGUCGAUAAGAAGCUAACAAAUUCGAGUUGAGUGCAGAGCAAGAGCUGAUGGUUUUGUUCCGAAAUAAGGUUGCCUUUUUUUUACUCCAGUGAUCCACACUGACUGGGAACGAGCAAUCACAAGAUUAAGAGUUGGAACUUCAUUGGAAAUUAAUACAAAUAAUCAAAAGAUACGAGAAAUAGGAAAAAAAAUACAUUUAAAAUGAAAAAGUAGAUAUACCUCAGCCUUACGUUUACUGUUUAAGCUAGGUUUUCUUUACCUCGACCUACUUCAUGAUCACAAAGACGAGAGUGAAUAUUUUUAACUGGCUAAGAAUGGAUGUAUUGAGGAUAAAGGGAUAAAAUAAAGUUAUUGUAAUCAAG